UAGUUAAUAUUAAUGGUCCGUAAUAAUGAGCGCAAAACGCAGCAUUUCGUCAAACUUAAAGCACGGAAACGACAUCGUAAGAAUCCUUUGAUUUCGUGGUUGAUCUUGUCUGCCAGACACAAGAAGCAGACUCCAAGAGAAAAAGAAACGGAGCAGCAGAAGAGAGAGCAGCUAACAAAAAAAAUGGCAAAAAGAGCUUCAAAUUCAAAGAAACAUCGCUCUUCUUCUUCGUCUACCUCUACUAAAUCAAUCACAAAAAUCUCCAAUGGUGUCAAAGAUAAGAGAGCAAAGCCUAAAAGGAUAUCAAAGAGGCAAAUUGCAAAACUUGAUUCCAAAAAGCCCAAGAAACCUCCAACUGCUUUCUUCUACUUUCUUGAGGAUUUUCGUAAGGAUUUUCAAGAGCAAAAUCCAGAUGUGAAGUCAAUGCGUGAAAUUGGAAAGGCGUGCGGUGAGAAGUGGAAAAUGAUGACAUAUGAGGAAAAAGUUAAAUAUUAUGAUAUUGCCACAGAGAAAAGAGCAGAAUUCGAUAAAGCUAUGGCAGAAUAUAUUAAGAAAAAGGAAAGUGGUGAAUUUGAAGAAGUUGAGGAUGACUCUGAGUUUGAUGAGUAAGUUUCUAGGAUUGUCGUAUUAUUAUUAGGCAAUCAUUGUUCCUGUAGGAGUAGGAGGAAAAUUGUACAUCAACCUACGAGCCACUUAGUCUUCUCUUCCAUUCAAGUUCUCUAUGUCUGUAUAACUCGUGUAAAUUACAUACUUGGCAAUUGCAUCUAGGUGAUAACAGAGCAAAGUUGACAACUUUUGUGAAUUAACAUUAAAGAGAAUGUAAAGGAGUGGUUAGUAUC